GGUUGGACGAGCCAAGCGUGACGGACCCGGCCGGCGGCCGACGACUGCGGUCUGCGGGUCAGCGACUCUGCUCAUCAGGGACGCCUUUAUAGUUUAUACAGCAUCUACGCAUAACGCAUGCACGGAACCUGCUUUGUGUUGCUGAAUUGUGUAGGCGUAGUUCGUUCCUCGUAAACCCAAACACCAUCACUGCACCACGCUGACAAGCUGAUUGGCGUAGCGAUGACCUCGGCCAGAGUGAUAGCUUGCGCCAUGGCUUCCGUGCUAGCGUGCUUGGCUGCCAUGCCGCCUGCAUCCGCAGCCACGGGAGACGGAGGGAUACUGCAUAUCCCUUCGGCCGCCUCACUAGCUCACUGCCCUUCCAGCUGCGGCGACGUCAACAUCUCCUACCCCUUCGGUAUAGAGGCCGGCUGCUUCCGGCAAGGCUUCGAGGUUUCCUGCAACCACACCUCUCAACCUCCAAAAUUGUUUCUGGGUAACAGCACAACUCAGAUCACUUACAUAGAUGAGGAUGAAUCGGUUGAGAGCCCUAUGUUCUGCAACAUCAUCUUGGGAUCAGGUACAAACAACUAUAGUAUAUCCUGGGAAGCCCCGGCUAAGGGUGUAACUAUCCCCCGCGAGUAUAAUACUUUCUACGUCCUUGGCUGUGAUUUCGAUGUCAACUUGUUUGAUCAUGUGGGGAACCCUAUCGGCUCCUGCAUGAGUAGGUGCCGCGGCAAGGUACUGCCAAAUCAAGGGUCUUGUAAUAAUACUGGUUGUUGUUCCAUCAGUUUACAACAGGACAUCUCAGGUUUUCAGGCAACAAUUGUUCGGGCUGAUGGUAUGGCAGCACGAUCAGAUUCUAUGCACUCUGGCAUCAUGGCUUUAAUGUCUUCACAAUAUUACGAGGGCAAUACCACUUAUCUUUUCUCAAGCUGGACAAAUACAAGCAAUAUUCCUGGUGGUUUCCUUGAGGUUGCGAUCAUAGACCAACCAAGCUGCCAAAGAGCUCAAAUGAACAACGCUAGUUAUGCUUGUGCAACCAACACCUAUUGUGCAGACGCAUCAUAUGGAGGUUACGCCUGUAACUGCAACAAUGGUUAUGGCAAAGCCAAUAAUCCUUACCUUUUGGAAGGAUGCCCGCCGCAAGGACAAGAUUACAACCCCAGACCUAAAGAACAAUGCCUGAUGUCAUGUGGAAACAUGAACAUUCCCUUCCCCUUCGGGCUCGAAGAUGGUUGCUUUGGAAAUGAAAGAUUCCGGCUUAAUUGUACAGCAGCAGGUGAGACGCUUUUUAGCAUAGAAGGUGCAUGGUAUCACGUGACUGGUGUGUCAGUAGAAGAUGGGAAUCUGACAGUUAGGAACAUGCUAAACAAUGCAAGCGCGGAAGAAGUGAUAAUAACUAAUACCGGCAACGAAGAAGCACUAGAAAUCACGGGUCCUUUGGAAAAUCAACUUGUUUUUUCUUUGGAAUAUGACAUUAUUAUAAAGUGGGCAGUGAUCAAUUCAACUUGUCAGCAAGCCAUGCAAAAUAAUACCAACUACGCAUGCCGCAGUGGAAACAGUUCGUGCUUACACGUAACGCACGGGAAAAUAUUUAUGGGGUACCGUUGUAAUUGUUCUUCCGGCUUCGAAGGAAAUCCAUACAUAAUGGAUGGCUGCAUAGACAUUGAUGAAUGCUCACUGCCAAACAACUGCAGUGGCAUAUGCCAAAACUUUCCCGGAAGCUAUACAUGCACAAGCUGCCCUCGUGAAAAAGAAUUUGAUCCGACAAAGAAACAGUGUGUUACUUCUGCAAAGAACCGCAAUCUUGUCCUUGGUAUUGCCAUUGGAAUCGGUUGUGGCAUUGGCUCUAUAAUUUUUGCAUUCAGUGUAAUUUUACUUGCCAAUAAGUGGAAGAAAGGCAUGCAAAAGAGAAUUCGAAGAGCAUACUUCAACAAAAAUCAGGGUUUACUGUUGCAACAACUAAUUUCAGAAGAAAAUGCCACAAGCAAAACAAAGAUAUUCUCCUUGGAUGAACUAGAGGAAGCCACAAACAACUUUGACCCUACUCGUAUCCUUGGCCGUGGAGGACAUGGCACAGUUUACAAAGGGAUUCUAUCUGACCAACGUGUGGUGGCCAUCAAGAAAUCUAAAAUUGUGGAGCAAAUAGAGAUAGAUCAAUUUAUCAAUGAAGUUGCUAUCUUGUCUCAAAUUAUACACCGCAAUAUCGUGAAGCUAUUUGGUUGUUGUCUUGAAUCAGAGGUGCCCUUGCUUGUAUAUGAGUUCAUAUCCAAUGGUACACUCUAUGACCUCCUUCACCUUGAUGUUAGUUCCAAGUGCUUGCUAACAUGGGAUGACCGCAUUAGGAUUGUGGUAGAAGCAUCAGGAGCACUUUCAUAUCUGCACUCUGCAGCUGCCAUACCAAUUUUUCUCAGAGAUGUGAAGUCCUCCAACAUACUGCUAGAUGAUAACUUCACCACCAAGGUUUCUGACUUCGGUGCUUCAAGAUCUCUUUCACUUGAUGAGACUCAUGUGGUUACAAUUGUCCAAGGAACAUUCGGUUACUUGGAUCCAGAGUAUUACCAUACUGGCCAACUAACUGAGAAAAGUGAUGUAUAUAGUUUUGGAGUAAUACUUGUUGAACUUUUGACAAGAAAGAAACCAAUUUUUAUCAAUGAUUUAGGUGCAAAACAAAGCCUAUCCUUUUACUUCGUUGAAGGACAUCAGGAAGGGUCUCUUUUAGGAAUACUGGAUUCACAAGUUUUGGAAGAGACAGACCAGGAAGAGAUUAAUGAAAUUGCCUCACUCACAGAAGCAUGCUUAAGGGUUAAAGGAGCAGAGCGACCAACUAUGAAAGAAGUAGAGAUGAGGUUGCAAUUCCUAAGAACAAAAAGGCUAAGAAAAAGACAUUGUUUACAUGAAAAAGAUGGAGAUAUUGAGCCUUUGUUAUGCCCAGAAGCUAAGAACCCACAUGAACAUAUGAAUAUUGUCAAUGCUGCCCAUAUAACACAUCAAGGGAUGUCAGGGUGCUACAGUCUGGAGCAAGAAUUUGCAUCUUCAUUUGAAAUGCCACACUAACUAUGUCUGUGCAAGAUAACCACCAAGCGCUUUCUUAGGCAUUGAACACAUCUAGGAUACCAUUUCAUGUAGUAAAGGAUCACAUUAUAGCUAGCUUCCUUUAAUUUACAUCAGACUACAUCACCUAGAUACAUUUUACGUGUAUGAUCGAUGUAUUGUAACCACGCGUCUUGUGCACUUAAUUGUGUAAGAUGCAUAUAAGUACAACACGAGUCACCGUAUUAGAGACCUGGCUGAAUAA